AUGUCCGACACGGCUCGUUCAUCUCCUCUCCAGGAGAAGGCAGGCUCUACUUCUUCCAAUUCCCCCAGCCACAAUGAGAACCAAGAUGCUUCCAGCAAGGCUGAGCGCAUCCAACGUGAGCGCAACAGAACCAAAGCAACCACCGGUCUGGCGAGCUACUUCAACUGGAUGGGUAACCUUCCAGAAUGGAGGGUCCGAGGGUCCCAUCUCUCUGGUCGUGCUCUGAACAUCUCAAUCGGGUUCAUUGCGAGCUGCGGUUUUCUGAUGUUUGGGUACGACCAGGGUGUUCUGAGCGCCCUGCUCACCCUGGACGACUUCCAGAAGCAACUUUCCCUGAUGACGCCGCGCGACGACUUCAACCCGCUAUGCUGGAUUGAAACUCCAGAAGGCAGAAUCCCACAUCCGGAAAAUUGCAAGGGGACCGCCAAUACACAGGCUGCCGGCGUGGCCAUAUACCAGAUAGGAUGUUGGCUGGGCUCCCUAGUGAUUCUCGCUUAUGGCGAGAGCUGGGGAAGGAAGUCUUCGACGUUCUGGGGCUCCUUGCUAAUGAUCAUCGGGACUAUUAUGCAGGCGGCAUGCUUUGAGUACGGACUGUUUGUGGCCGGGCGAGUCGUCGGUGGGAUUGGGAAUGGAAUGGUGACAUCAACAAUUCCCACCUGGCAAAGCGAGUGCGCCCGCCCCCAUCAACGCGGUGUCCUGAUCAUGCUCUCCGGUGCCCUGAUCUCUGCAGGCAUCAUGAUUGCAUACUGGGUUGACUACGGCUUCUACUUCCUCACGGGGUCUGUCCGCUGGCGCUUCCCGCUCAUGUUCCAAUCGUUCUUUACCAUCGUUGUCAUGAUCGGACUGCUUUAUCUCCCCGACUCUCCGCGCUGGUUGAUCAUGCAAGGACGACAUACGGAAGCCCGGGAUGUAACCGCUCGCCUUGUUGGGAAGCCGGAGCAUGACAGGGAAGUCGAGCAGGAAAUCCAGAACAUCAACGACGCACUGGCGGCACAGAGCAAGGGAGGUCCAUUCAGGUACAGAGAGCUUCUCACCAAUGGCCCAUCCCAGAACCUCCGGCGCACGGUCUUGGCCAUUGUUGCGCAGUUCUUCCAGCAGCUGUGCGGAAUCAAUUUGAUUACCUACUACGCCACAUUUCUCUUUGAAAAUUCACUAGGUUUCGCCCCUGACAUGUCCCGUCUACUCGCAGCGUGCAAUGGGACGGAGUACUUUCUAGCAUCACUAGUUGCCUUACCUCUAAUUGAGCGCACAGGACGCCGCAAGCUCAUGCUAAUCGGGGCAUUUGGAAUGAUGGCAUCGAUGGCGAUCCUGGCAGGAACAGUCUCCACAGGCCGAACCCUCCCAAACGGAGCGCCAGAGUUGGACACAAAAUAUGGUAUCACGGCAACAGUGUUCCUCUUUGUAUUCAACACGUUCUUCGCCAUCGGCUGGCUGGGCAUGACCUGGCUGUAUCCGGCGGAGAUCACGAACUUGCGCAUCCGGAUUCAAGCAAACGCGCUAUCAACCAGCUCGAACUGGAUAUCCAACUUCCUAAUUGUCAUGAUCACCCCGCCGGCGUUCAAAAACCUGGGGUACAAGACGUAUAUAAUCUUUGCGGUGUUCAACGCGGCGCUGAUGCCGUGCGUGUAUUUUUUCUUCCCCGAGACGAAGGGGCGGACACUGGAAGAGCUGGACGUGGUUUUCGCGUCUGCGAAUGCAGAGGGAAUCUCGCCGGUCAAGCAGAGCCUGACGAUGAAGCGACUGGAGGGACGCGAGUUGGACGCGCAGCUCGCGAAAUACUGGCGGUCACCUGACGAGUAG